UUUACCCGGUGGUCGGUUAGUUACCGGGCAAACACCAACCCGGGUGGCCAUGUUAUUUACCCGGAGUGGGAGUGAGAAGGGCGGUUACUUGGAGGAGAUAUUUACCUCUGGCGUGGGUGAGAGAGCCGGUUAGUUAACUGGGUGAGGGUGAGAGAGGCUGUUAUUUACUUGGAUAGCGGGGUGGAGCUGAGGUUGAGUGUUUAGCUGUAGCGCUGAGAAAACCAAAAAUUUACCCGAGCUGGGGAUGAGAGGGCCAGAUAUUUGCCCCGGUGUGAGGCGAGAAAGCGAAGUAAAACUAUGUAUUUACGUUUGGUGGCAACUGUGACCUGACAGGUCAAGACCAGAGAGAGAACCCCAGGCCUGUUGAGCAAGUAGAUAUUGUGCUGACAGAAACAAGAGAAAAUCUGCAGAGGCUGGAAAUCCAAGCAACACACUCAAAGCGCCGGAGGAAGUCAGCAGGCCAGGCAGCAUCUUGGAAAAGAGUGAACAGUCGAAGUUCCCCCACCCCGAAACUUGGAUGCUGCCUGGCCUGCUGUGUUCCUCCAGCAUUUUGUGUGUGGUGGUGACAGAGAUGGAAGUGUCGGCCGGGCUGAGGGGCAACAUUGGUCCAGACUAGACCCGCCAAAUAUUGACAUCAAUCCAGUGAGAAUUCUAUGUCUGAAUCAAUACACACAGGGCAUGAACUGCACAGAGCUUAUGGAGCAGUUUCAGAAGCCGUUUCAAGUUUUGCUUCAUGCACUAACUCUGGGCACGUCGGGAGCUGCCAAGGCAUUUCAUAUUCUGCAGCGUAUGCAGUCAAAACAGUCUCUUCAUUGGAGAACCUUCUCAGAGACACUGUGCCGACCUGAACCAUUUUUGGAAGGGAACGAGCAGAAGCUAAAUCUAAAGCCAUUGUUUUACCUUUUACCAGUGAUGGUUAGAAGAAACCUCUUAUCUUUUCUUCACUUGGCCAGUAGCUAUGUACCUAAAGACUGUCUGCAUCAUCUCAUCUCAGAGUUAAAGAAAAACUUGGAUACUGAUCUUUGGAUACAGAAAUUAAUUGACAUCUUGGAGCAGGACUUAGAAGGUGGACUUUGUUACUUGAAGUCUAAUUCACAUUCAAAUAGUUUUCAGAGACAAUUGAAAUAUCUCUGUCAAGAACUAGUUGGAAAUUCCGAAGGUUCUUCAAGUGCUGAUAAAAGGUUGGGUUGGUACUGUAGUCAACAAAAUGUCAGCAAAGAUAAAUCAUCUGAAGGUUCAGAAGACAAUGCCCCAUUAACACAGAACUCUAAAAAACGUAAAAGUGUUAUAAAAGAUGGAUCACUUUUGGAAGAUGAUGAGCAAAAUGUAACAAAGAAAAUAAAACAAGCAGAGGAUGUUGUCUGUGUGGAACCUUUUAUUGCCAGUGAGAACCAGGAUGGAACUGCAUUCACAGAUCUUAAUCCUACACAUGCACAAAACAAAAUGGACAUUGAUGAAGUAGAACAGAAAACCUUUCUGAAAACAGAGCAAAACGUUGACCUGCCUGAACAUAUAAAGUCUUCAUUAUCCACGCUGAGGGAUAUGUUUGAAGCAGACUCAGAUAAGUUGGAAACACCUGAAGAAUUGAAUAUCCUGAAUGAAUGUAAUCCAAGCCAGCUGGAGAAACUCUGUUUAUUACUGAGGCUGUCAGAACUCUCAGAACACCAACUUCCCCUGGCCUGCAACAAACUGAUCUCCCUGCCUUCUGAUCUCAGUUACAGCAAUGCAACUGUGCUUGCUCGGACACUCUUCUUGAAAAGGGUACUCUCACUGACUGAGCCUGCAUCACGAUUUCUAACUGCUGCCAUCACUUUGUUCUGCAAGAAAUAUCCACGCCCAACCUGCACUGCUGUGAUCGGGCCACUCCUUCAGACUCCUGACAUAGGGAAUGUUCAAGUGGAACUGAUUUGCAGGCUUACAGAAGAUUGCCUUGAACCAGACCAUUUAAUAGUGACUUUCAGACAUAUCCUCUUGGUAACAUGGAGUGAAGAAGUACUUUCUGUGGUCCACAUGUUGCUUGAGAGAAAGGUAGAACUAACAUCUGAACUGUUUGAGCAAUUUAUUGAAAAGUUAAGCCAACAAGCUGAGAGAUUCAAGAAAUCAGUAAAAUAUGCCAAGGUGAUCCUAGCUGCACUUACAAAGUACCCGUCCUCUAUAACAAUCGCUCACAAGAACACGCUGUCCCAUGUUUUGGCACUACAUACAACAUUUCUGAAGAAGUCAAUGCAGGCAGCACUAAAACAUGUUACCAUAUAACUUGUUUUAUUUCUAAUGUUGAACAGAAGUUGUCCAUUUUCUUGAUUGGAGUACAUGCUUCCAAAGGUCGGUAACUCAACAAGAAUCAGAAUAGUAAAGAUUAACUCUCUGCAAGUCAUAAUAAUAAAUUGAUGUAUUUUGUUGUGUGCAUUUGAGUACAAUUAAUUUCUGCCUUGCCUUUUGUUAGGGUGUUUCUGAUGGCAGCCACGAUAUCCUGAAGUGGGAAGGUGAACAGCCAGAGGUCAUGGUACAUAUUGGUAGCAACGACAUAGGUAGGAAGUCCUGAAAACAGACUACAGGGAGUUAGGAAGGAAGUUGAGAAGCAGGACCACAAAGGUAGUAAUCUGGGAUUACUGCCUCUGCCAUGAGACAGUGAGUAUAGGAAGAGAAUGAGGAUAAAUGUGUGGCUGAGGGAUCGGAGCAGGGGGCAGGGAUUCAGAUUUCUGGAUCAUUGGGACCUCUUUUGGAGAAGGCGUGUCCUGCACUUGAAUCCCAGGGGGACCAAUAUCCUGGCAGGGAGGUUUGCUAAGGCUGUUGGGGAGAGUUUAAACUAGAAUUGCUGGGGGGGUGGGAACCGAACUUAAGAGACGGAAGGGGCAGUUAGCUCAAAAAUCGAGAAAACUUAUAGAUAGCGUGAGAGGGAGGAUAGGCAGGUGAAAGAGAAGGGAUACAUUUAGACUGUUGGUUUGAGAUGUGUCUAUUUUAAUACAAGGGGUAUCAUGAAUAAAGCAGAUGAGAGACUGUGGAUCAGUACUUGGAGCUAUGAUGUUGUGGCCAUUACAGAGACUUGGAUGGCUCAGGGACAGGAAUGGUUACUUCAGUGCCAGGCUUUAGAUGUUUCAGAAAGGACAGGGAGGGAGGCAAAAGAGGUGGGGGUGUGGCACUGCCGAUCAGAGAUAGUGUCAAGGCUGCAGAAAAGAAGGAAGUCAUGGAGGGGUUGUCUACGGAGUCUCUGUGGGUGUAAGUUAGGAACAGGAAGGGGUCAAUAACUCUAUUGGGUUUUUUAUAGACCAUCCUAUAGUGACAGGGACAUCAAGGAGCAGAUAGGGAGACAGAUUCUGGAAAGGUGCAAUAAUGACAGGGUUGUCGUAGUGGGAGAUUUUAAUUUCUCCGAUGUUGAUUGGCAUCUCCCUAGAGCAAGGGGUUUAGAUGGGGUAGAGUUUGUUAGGUGUGUUCAGGAAGGUUUCUUGACACAAUAUGUAGAUAAGCCUACAAGGGAAGAGGCUGUACUUGAUCUGAUAUUAGAAAAUGAACCUGGUCAGGUGUCAGGUCUCUCAGUGGGAGAGCAUUUUGGAGAUAGUGAUCACAACUCUCUCCUUUACCAUAACAUUGGAGAGGGAUAGGAACAGACAAAUUAGAAAAGUGUUUAAUUGGAGUAAGGGAAAAUAUGAAUCUAUCAGGCAGGAACUUGGAAGCAUAAAUUGGGAACAGAUGUUCUCAGGGAAAUAUUCAGGGGAUAUUUGUGUGCUGUUCUGCAUAUGUAUGUUCCAAUUUGACAGGGAAAGGAUGGCAGGUUACAGAAACCAUGGUGUACAAAGGCUGUUGUAAAUCUUUUCAAGAAGAAAAGCUUACAAAAGGUUCAAAAAAAACUAGGUAAUGAUAGAGAUCUAGAAAAUUAUAAGGCUAGCAGGAAGGAGCUUAAGAAUGAAAUUAGGAGAGCCAGAAGGGGCCAUGAAAAGGCCAUGGGGAGCAGGAUUAAGGAAAAGCCCAAGACAUUCUACAAAUAUGUGAAGAGCAACGGAAUAAGAUGUGAGAGAAUAGGACCAAUCAAGUGUAACCAUGGAAGUGUGUAUGGAACUGGAGGAGAUAGCGGAGAUAGCGGAAGUACUGAAUGAAUGAAUGAAUGAAAAGGACCUUGGCGAUUGUAGGGAUCACUUACAGCAGACUGAAAAGCUUGAGCACAUAGACAUUAAGAAAGAGGAUGUGAUGGAGUUUUUGGAAAGCAUCAACUUGGAUGAGUCACCGGGGCCGGACAAGAUGUAACCCAGGCUACUGUGAGAAGCAAGGAAGGAGACUGCUGAACCCCUGGCAAUGAUCGUUGCAUCAUCAAUGGGGAUGGGAGAGGUUCCAGAGGAUUGGAGGGUUGCAGAUGUUGUUCCGUUAUUCAAGAAAAGGAGUAGAGAUAGCUCAGGAAAUUAUAGACCAGUGAGUCUUACUUCAGUGGUUGGUAAAUUGAUGGUGAAGAUCCUGAGAACCAGAAUUCAUGAACAUUUGGAGAGGUAUAAUAUGAUUAGGAAUAGUCAGCAUGGCUUUUCAAAGGCAGGUCGUGCCUUAUGAGACUGACUGAAUUUUUUGAGGAUGUGACUAAACACAUUGAUGAAGGAAGAGCAGUAGAUAUAGUGUAUAUGGAUGUUAGCAGGGCAUUUGAUGAGGUACCCCAUGCAAGACUUCUUGAGAAAGUAAGGAGGCAUGGGAUCCAAGGGGACCUUGCUUUGUGGGUCCUGAAUUAGCUUGCCCACAGAAGGUUGUAGACAGGUCAUAUUCUGCAUGGAGGUCAGUGAAAGGGUACAGUUUUAAGGUGCUUAGAAGCAGGUACAGAGGGGAUGUCAGAGGUUAAGUUUUUUUUAUUGCAGAUAGUGCUGUCAGUGACCACUGGAGGCAGAUACAAUAGAGUCUUUAAGGCUACGUCCACACUAGACUGGAUAAUUUUGAAAACGCUGGUUUCACGUAAAAAUGACAGGCAUCCACACUAGUCGUUUUUAAAAAUACCUCCGUCCACAUUAAGAUGAAUAUUUGGGCGAAUCUCCUCCUACUGGGCAUGCGCAGGACACACAGAAAACAAGUGAAGAGGAAACUGUAUACUUGGUGCAUGUUUGUCCAGUUACAGACUAGAAAAACUUAAAAGAAAUUGCUAAAUGAAAGACUUGGUGCGCGUUUGUCCAGAAACAUUUUCUACAGACAUAGUCUCUUCACUGAUGAAAGGGACGACAGCUACAAUGAAAUGCAAUGAGGCUUGUUAAUGGGUAAAAGUGAAAUUUGCUGUUAUCUUGCCAUGUCUUUGUGUAUUAUUUUGCUGUAUUUAACAUGUGCAAUAAAAUGUGUUACUGGGCAAAAGUGAAAA